AUUUUGCGACGGGACCAAAUUGUCGCCGAGCAACCAUCGAGAUUUCGGCUGUUCUCGACAUAUUCGUUCAUUCACUGCCUCAUCACGAUGUCCUUGGUACGCCCGGCGCGGCGCCUGCUCGCCCGCGCGCCUCUGGCGCGCGCGGCCUCGACCUCGACCUCGACGCCCACCCCCGCUGACCAGCCGAAGGCGGUCGGCAACCUGUCGCCGAAAGACAUCGCCAACCUCACCCGCCCCCUAAUGCCGCACUACACGGUUGCGCGCUCGCCCGACUUUCCCAACUAUUACAAGGAUGCGCCGCAGCACCGGAUCUACAACUUCCCGAACAACACGUUCCCGCCGCUGCCUGAGUCGCAGCACCCGACGGCGCUCGGCGAGAACAUGGCCGCGAAGAACCGCCGCGUCCUCUCCGCCAUCACCGGGUACACGCGCGAAGAGCUCGAAGGGCUCUACCGCUACCCGGUGGACGUGCGGCGUGUGGUCAACAUGACGAAGAAGGGAAAGAUGCCGUCGUGGUUCUCCGUCAUGGUCGUCGGCGACCCGAAGCGCGGACUCGUCGGCAUCGGGCACGGAAAAAACGAGGCCAUCCAGCUCGCGCACCAGCGUGCGUUCAACCAGGCCGUGCUGAACAUGGACGCCGUGCCCCGCUUCGAGAACCGUACGCUGUACGGUCAGGGUGCGGAUCUGCGCGUCAAGUGGCGCGCGACGACGGUGAUUAUGCGCGCGCGCCCGCCCGGCUUCGGCCUCCAGGUGCCGCACGUGCUGCACCGCAUCUUCUCGGCGUGCGGCAUCCGCGACGCGAGCGCCCAGAUCCUCGGGUCGACGAACAAGACCCAGGUCGUCAAGGCCGCGCUCCAGAUCAUCCACGGUGGUGCUUUGCCACCUGGAUCGGGUACUGGCAAGAGCAAGGCGCGCAGGGAGAACAAGGGCGCCGGGAUGCGCACUCUUCGUGAGCUCGAGCGCAUGCGCGGACGGUACGGUAUCGACAUGAACCGCCACCUCUAGACUGGUACAUAUUAGCACGCAACUCAUGCACUCAACUACACCAUGCGGAC